GGCAAAAGAAAGAAAAGAAAUAUUAAUUUAUCAUCAACCCACGGUCUUGUGCUUUUUGCUACUUUGGUCUUCCCUUGCAUCCAAGGUUCUGUACGUGCUUACAUUUCGAAAUAAUGGGAAGCAGCUUAGAGACAAGGCUUCUUCUUCUUCAAUCAGCUGCCCUGCCGACGAUGAUGACACAGAGAAGCAACACCCUCGCUUGACCAAGAAGGUGUGGGAAGAGUCCAAAAAGCUGUGGGUGGUAGCAGGUCCAGCCAUCUUCACAAGGUUCUCAACGUAUGGUGUCGCAGUUAUCAGCCAAGCUUACAUCGGCCAUUUCGGCCAGACUGAGCUUGCCGCAUAUGCGCUGGUGUUGACUCUCCUGUGUCGCUUCGGCAAUGGAGUCCUGCUGGGCAUGGCCAGUGCGUUGGAAACUUUGUGUGGUCAGGCGUUUGGAGCAGGACAGUACGCCAUGCUGGGCAUCCAUCUCCAACGAUCAUGGAUCGUGCUUCUCUGCACCGCCACCUGCCUUCUCCCUCUCUUCAUCUUCGCCAAACCCAUCCUUGUACUGCUCGGACAAACCGAGAGCGUAUCAGAGACCGCUGCCUCCAUGUCCUUGUGGUUCAUUCCUGUCUUGUAUUCCUUUGUCUUCUCCUUUUCUCUGCAAAUGUAUCUGCAGGCACAAAGAAAGAACAAGAUCAUUGGCUACUUGGCAGGUGUCAGCUUAUUGCUUCAUGUGUCUCUCUCAUGGCUUCUUGCAUACAAGCUGGGGAUGGGAGUGGAAGGCGUCCUGAUUUCCAUGAACCUCGCCUACUGGAUUCCAGAUAUUGGGCAGCUUCUGUUUGUUCUCUGCGGUGGCUGCCCGAUGACUUGGUCUGGUUUCUCCACAACUGCAUUUUUUGAUCUGUGGCCUGUGAUUAAGCUAUCGGCCUCUUCCGGUGUAAUGCUCUGUUUGGAGUUGUGGUAUAAUUCAGUUCUCAUCCUACUGACUGGAAAUUUGAAGAAUGCUACAAUUGCCCUUGAUGCUCUGGCUAUCUGCCUCAAUAUAAGUGGGUGGGCAAUGAUGAUUUCUCUUGGAUUCUUUGCUGCAGCCAGUGUGAGGGUGUCGAAUGAACUCGGAGGAGGAAGCGCCAGCGCCGCGAAGUUCUCAAUCCUGGUCGUCGUUGCAACUUCAGCCGUCCUAGGCAUUUUACUUUUUGUGUUGUUCAUGGUAUUCCGCGGAUCUGUCGCGUACGUCUUCACGGAUGACCAGGAGGUCGUGGACGCCGUUUAUCUCCUGUCUCCUCUGCUUGCCAUCACCAUCUUGCUCAACAGUGUACAGCCCGUUCUCUCAGGUGUCGCUGUCGGCGGUGGAUGGCAAGCCGCGGUGGGGUACGUCAACAUCGCGUGUUACUAUGUGGUGGGCGUUCCCUUGGGACUAGUAUUGGGAUACGUUGUAGGCCUCCAAGUUGAAGGAGUAUGGGUAGGAAUGGUUAUUGGCGUUGCCUGCCAAACAGUUGUACUAGUUUAUUUUACAAGGAGAACUGACUGGGACGAGCAGGUUUUAAAGUCUAAGGAACGUGUGAACAAAUAUGCCGUACAAGAUUUUUGUGAUACUCCACGAAACGAUUGAGAGACAGUUUUGUUUUAUGUUUGGAUGUGCAGAAUCUAUGCUUUCACUUUUUACUGUGAAUUGGCAUAAGAACCACUCGUAUUUAUGGCUGAUAGAUACAUCACUGUUCAACGAUAAUGGAACAAGGGGCAAACCCCGGACUUUGUUUUUCUUUUGAGGGUGCGACGAUUCAUGCGUGCACUUUGUAUAGUAAAAUGCCGUAAAGGAUGUUGUUUGUUUUUCCUUACGUCAGCGGGAGGAGAUCCUACAAAGACAAAGUUGCGUGUAAAGGAGCAUGGGAUAUUUUUGUAAUUAAAAAAAAUCUUUUAUAGUUU